AUGAUUUUUUUUCGUUCUGGCCAUCAUUUCCUGUAUGGUUCUUGUGCCACCCACUUCUGCCUAACCAAAACAGCUCCUCGGGGCCAUUUGGCCUCACAUUCUGAUUCAGACUCUGAUGCCGAGACAGGCGAUUCUGUAAGCACCAUCAGUGUGCCUGGCGGGAGUGGUGGUCGUACCAGUAACCUCGUGGCAACCGGAAGUAACGUGCUUUCUAGUCUGGUAGAAUUUGGGUCUAAUCUGUUCCGGCCAGAUCUACGCAAAGCGUCGACUCGAAGCAAGCGCUUCACAGCCGCUGGUGGUGGCGGUAGUGGCUCAUUGGUUGUUCUUGCAGGUACUGGGGGUCCUGGCUCCGGGGUUCAACUUUCAGGAUUAGGAGGAGCACCCGGAUCACUGCCAGUUGGGUUUGGAAGCACCGGAGUACCUGGACUUAGUCCUGAGGAAGCUGCAGCAGCUGCGCUGGAAGCAGCAAUCGAGCGGGAGCUCGACUCCGCUUCACUCGUGGUUGCCAGGUGUAUUGCGGCGAUUGAAGCUCAGUCUGGUGGUCUGUCCACUCAUGUGAGUCCCCCUCAGUCAAGCGUUAUCCAUUAA